GCGGUCUUGAACCUGUCUUACCUGCUUAGGUCGCCUGUUCCCUUCCUCCCGUAUCUGCUCCUCCGCUGCCACACUCCCCUUCAUGGCCCACGAACCCGAUGCUGCGGGCCGAAAAGCUCGGGCAUGCCGGUUUCGGAAGGACCCACCUGUUUCGGUAGGUAGUCGCCGGAGCGCCGGCGCUUGCGCCCCUCCCUCAGCUACCACCCCCUUCCUUCUCCACCUCCCGCCGCUUGUUCGGUCGCCCUCGACAUCAAAGAUACCAUCUGCAACCGCUGCAUCUAGAUCGCGCGACUCGAAGCGUCGCGGGCGGCGCGCAAACGCGACCACGUCAACGCGUUUGCAACGCGUCUCAAGCCGGGGCGACACGCGUUCACGACGGGCUCUAGCGGCGCGUCAAAAGCGUGGCUGUUGGCGUGAAUACGGUGGGGAAUCGGGGAUAAGGAAGGAUGGAGGGCGAACAUUACCAGCGGGGCUGCCAGAGCAGUCGCCAUGUCAGGGCCUGCGGAGCGCUAAGUUGGCGCCAGCAAAGGCCCGCGAAUCGACGCUCGAUCGUCCUCGCGCACGGAGAAAGGGGUGCUUGCAGAGCCCUACGCGGUCAACCCCAGCGAGUACGACCGCGCUGAGCAUGAGGACACCGAGGACUCGUUCACCGAUGGCCCGCCUGAGAACCACCAGGCCAGCCCGCAGAGCCAUGCCCCGACGACUGCGAUCGCGGCUAGUGAAAGACAACCCAGGAUGAGCACGCCACAGAGGUGCUUGACUGAGACGUGCGUGCAUGAGCACGACCAUCUCG